AAUAUUGGUUUCUUAUGUAGGAUAGCAUCUUUCUUCUAUACAUGUAUAUCUUUUUUCAAUGACCUCCCUCUUCAUUAGUUAAGCAUUUUUGCUAUAGCUUAAUAUCUGCUUAUGCAAAGUAAGUAUAUUAUUGAUAAAUAAACAUUUUCAGAGUUGUCACAGUUCCAGUUUUACUGAUCAGAACUACAAUGAAUACUAUAUAUUGCUCUUGAGGAAACCCCACUUCCCCGUUCAAAAAUGGUAGAAAAGGAAUCUGUGUACUUUGAGAUUAGUCUCUGUUAUACUAACAAAAAUGUUUCCAGAUAUUUCUUUUGCUAUUUUACAAAAGUCUUCUUCCAUAGGUUAUGAUGAUGUCAGACAAUGCUAAAGACAGGGCAGCUCGUUCAUGGAAGAAAAGAGGGAGUGUUUCUUCUUUAAGUAAUCAUGAAUUUCGGCGAAAGGAACUUCAUGGACACAUCAAAGGCUCUAUGAGUACUGUGUCUUAUAUGGAUGAACCCGGUCAGCGUGAUGAUAUCUCUCGCCUCACAGUUCGGAUGGAAAACACCUAUCAGUUGGGUCCUCCCAAGCAUUUUCCUGUGGUCACGGUCAAUCACAUUUUGAAAGAUGUGUUAACCAGCUACCUACAAGUAGAAGAAUAUGAACCAGAGCUCUGUAGACAGAUGACUAAAACCAUUUCUGAGGUUAUUAAAUCCCAGGUCAAGGACUUGAUGAUUCCACGAUAUAAGCUAAUUGUGAUUGUUCACAUUGGACAACUGAACAGGCAGAGCAUAAUUAUUGGAAGCAGAUGCCUCUGGGAUCCUAAAAGUGAUACCUUUUCAUCUUAUGCUUUCAAAAAUUCUUCCCUCUUCGCCCUUGCAAAUGUCUAUGCAGUUUACCUUGAGUGACUGAAAAUAAGAAAUCUAGUUGUUAGCUUUGAAAAUCAUGAGGCGGGCUGUAUGUCUGUACACGAAAGUUUUACUGCCAAAAACUUUAAGAAAGAAACAACACUGACAUUUCAACCAGCUGGAAGGUUUUGAAUUUUUUCAUAUUCUAGUGAAGAUUGGGGAAGGAGAGGGUAGCACAGAAAUAACCUUAUUUAUCUAAAGCAGAAACUUGGUCUUGGUUUUGCUGGAUUGUUUCCCAUGGAUACAAAUUCUUAUUAAAUAUUUGUUUUGGUACUAAUUAUUUUAAUUAUUCUUUAAUUAGAGAGUUACAAUUUCCUGCAUUGUUUUUUAAUAAAGAGAAGCUUUAGAAAAACUAUGGCUAUAUACCCUGACCAAUAAAUGACAGUAGAAUAUUCAACAUGGUAUACACAAAUGAUAAAUAAUAUGCCUUAGUGCUGCAUAUAAAAGAAUCCUGGUUUUCAUUUUAUACUUAAUAAAUUGAGCAGCAUUCAUUAAGUGCAAUUAUUGUUACAUGUACCUGACAGUUGAAACUGCUGAGGCAGAAUUAAUGGCUUCAUAACAAGUAUCGUGGUCCCACGGGCUGCAAGCUAAAACUAGAAGCUCUUGUGGCUUGCCUGCACUUUACACAAUUGUGGGAGAACUGAGUGUUGGCUCUCCAGUAAUGGAAACUAUAAAGUGAACAAAGGCUUUUUGGGGCACUGAAGUAGACAUUGUGAUAUUAAAUAUACAUGAUACUUAAUACUAAAUGUGUCUGUAACACAUAAAAUCAUUUAUUGGAGAGAGACAUUGCUUUUAAAUAUCCUAGGCUAUUAAACUUUUUCACCAAAUAUAUAGCUGGCACCUUAACAAAUAAAACAUGUGUAUUUACCAUUUUACUCCUAUGAAUUUAAUACUAAAAUGACCCAGUGAGGUUUUGAAUAGAUGGGCACUAAAAUUUACAGGGCUGAAAUAGCUUAUUAUUCUGCUGGUUAAUGUAUCUUGUGCCACGGAUCAUUUAUUUUUAUGAAGCUUUCAAGUCUUUGUGUGCAAGUAAAAUGAUGCUGUGGUGUUGUUCUUGGAGGGUAAGUGGACUGCCUAAAGGACAUUUGUUAAAGGUCAAAGACAAACUGUACACAUAUGGAGAAAAUUAGCAAAGCUGUAGUCUUCAAAAAAUGAUUUGUCAUGUCAAAAAGAGUUUAGCAAAUGGAAGCCCAGUCAAUGCUUUAAUUUUCAAAUGUUUUGGUGUCUUACUUUGCCCCAAAAUGAAAUGUAGUAAAAAAAUGGAUACUUUUAAAA